UUACGCAAGAGCCAAUGUCAAUGAAGAGCCAGGUGAUGUGAUGUUUCCUGAUAAAAAUAAAAAAUCCUAUAAAUGUACACGGAACUUCCUAAUUAAAAAUGGAGUUUUCGGGGUUAAUUCUUCCUUUGACAAAAAACAUAUGUCGUACUUGUCUUUUAGAGUCUGAUACGACGAUGUUCAAAAACAUUCAAGAUUUGAUUGAACACGAGAUGAUUAAGGUUAAACUAAUUGAUAUUUUGGUUUUUCUUAAUUGUUUGGAGAAUGAUGACGAAGAAAACUGGCCUCAAGGAAUAUGUUCUUCGUGUGUUUCUACAGCCUUAGUCGCUUAUAAUUUCAAGUUGAACUGUUUGAAGGCUAAUAGUACGUUAUCACAGAUACUAAUGAUACAAUCUCCCACUAAUUUACAGAGGACUGAUAUAGAUUCUAUCGACAUCAAUGUUGUUUAUCAAGAUCACGAGUAUGAUGUCCCACUGUUUAGUAGCCAUCCAACAUUAGAUUUUGAUACCACUUUGACUGAUAAUAAAUUGACACCCCUUCCACCUGUUAGUGAAAUUACUUCUACUGAGCAACCACCUCGAAUAGAAGGAGAGAAGCGAUAUGCUUGCACUGUAUGUUCCCAGACAUUUACUAGGCUGUAUGGUCUCCAGUAUCAUAUGGCUAAACAUACUGACACAAGAAAGUACCUGUGUGCUAAAUGUGGAAAAAGUUUCCAUACUUCUAAUGGAUUAAAUCAGCAUUUAAAAUCACAUAGAGAGAUUGCACAGUUCAAAUGUGGUUUUUGCCAUAAGACUUAUAAGUCGAAGCAGUCAUUAAAGGAGCAUUUUCGUGUGGCUCACUCUAGCAACCGCAUGCUGUUUAUAUGUGUAACUUGUGGGAAAAGGUUCACAGCUAAAUCAACAUUGAUCAAGCAUGUUAAGAUUCACAAUGGCGAGAAAUUUGCAUGUCCUAGCUGUCCAAAGACAUACACUAGAGCAUCAUAUUUGAGAGCUCACAGCUUGGUUCAUACUGGGCAAAACAAGCCCAGGCCCUUCUUGUGCACACAAAAGGGCUGUGAUAGAAGUUUUUCAACUAAACAUUCCUUAUUAGUGCACUUUGCUCAUACUCAUUCAAAAGACAGGCCCCACAAGUGUGAUAUCUGCUUCAAGGGGUUUGCUACUUCAGCUGGUUUGAACAUUCACAUAGAAUCUCAUGGUAACAAAGAGGUUACAUGUAAUAUCUGUGGUAAUAAACUGAGAAACAAGAGGGUGUUACAAAAGCACAUGAAGACUCAUGAUGUGGAUGCUAAUGAUAUGAUUGUAGAAACUGUAGACCAAGCCUACUAGGCUUUAUUAUGCUUGUAUUCCAUGUGAUAAAUUAAUAGCAUUAUUUUUCCUUUGUAUUAUUCUCACUAUGAUUAUUGUUAAUAAAAACAUAAGAAUGUAA